AUGAACGACCAAGCAGGAAUGAUGAACCAGCAGCAGCUGAUGAAUAUGAAUCGGAAUAUGUUGAAUAUGCCGCAGGUAACCGAAUUCAACUUUAAUAAACCCUACACAUUCGUUCCACCGAAGAAAAGCGGUGGGAUAGCACCGGUGGUUUCUCCAUUCCCGGCUACUCCGUCUGUUUUGCCGACCCCAAUCUUGUCCCCUUCCACUGAAGUUUUGGGGAACAUGGCGAAGGAGGAGUGGGGCGUGGAUGGCUAUGGCUCGAUGAAGGGGUUGAUAAGGCUGAGAUCUCUCGGGAAUGAAGACGAGGAGGAAGAUGGGGGCGGGUCGAGUGAGAGCGACAUGGAAGAGCAUGUUGAGGUAGAGAGGAGGCUAGACCAUGAUUUGAGUAGGUUUGAGAUGCUCUAUGAUCCAAAUAGUGGCAAUGCUGUUGGUGGGAUGGAGCAUCACAAUAUUUUAGAAAAUCGGGUCGAUGAUCAAGAUAGUCACAUUGCACAGCUGGAGGAGGAGAAUUUGAAUCUCAAGGAGAGGCUGUUCUUGAUGGAGGGGGAGAUGGGUGAUCUGAGAAGGAGGCUGAUGUUGCUGGAAAGGCAGGGAGGGCGAGGAGACGAUGCUGGUGAGGAGGUUGUUGAGAAUGUGUCUGAAAAUGAGACAGAGUUCAAUGGUGAGAACACACAUUCAACAGGUGAGAAUGAUGAGAAUCUGUGUGGGAGAAAUGAUGAGGAAGGUGUAUUUGAUGGUGGAUUGGAAGCUGAAGCAGUAGAAACUACAGAGGGAUUUUGUGUAGAAGAAAGUGGAGAUGAAAGGAUCAAGAUGAGUAAUAAAGAUGAUGAUGUUAAUACCAAUGAAUUUAGUGAAGCAGAUGGAUCUGAUGGCGAUGAAGCUUGCAAACUAGUGGUUGAAACUGUGAAUCGUGUGUUAGAGAGUGAAGUGGCUAAACUUGGUAGUUAGGUUAUGCUUUGCUUUUCAUUGCAAUGGUUUAAAUCAAUGUGUGAUUAGGUUUUAAUUGGAGUGUUUGGCUGCCUAAUUUUCUCCACACUCUUGCUUAUAAUGAAAUUUUACUGCCCAAGUAUUCAGUUCA